AUGCCUGCAAGACGACGGAAUAAGAAGAAGAAAGCACGCCGUGUUCGUAUCAAUCGAAUAACUCUAUCAGAAAACGUCCUCAAGAUGGAUGAAAAGAAAUUGAGAGAACACAUUGCAAAAGAGGCGGAAUUGUUCUACAAGGGCCAGACACCUAAACCGCUCCAACUAGACGCCGUGAUGAACCUCACUGAACUGAAACACACUUUUGUCAUGGCCGGAACCGGCUUUGGAAAAUCUCGUAUUGCUGAAAUGUACUUCAAUCUUUUUACCGCUAAGGAUGGAGUUGUCCUAGUCAUUAAUCCACUCGAUGCCUUAGGAGACAAUCAAGUUGCGGAAAAGAAAGCGCAAGGGUUCACUGCGAUCAACCUGGCCAAGAUGACGUUUAACAAGUCGCUUUCAGACAAGAUUCUCGCCGGAGCGUUUAACUUCGUAUACUUGAGUCCCGAAACGUUUGUGGACAACAAGCUCUUUGUUUCACUAUACUACAAGCCAGAAUUCCAGGCUCGGCUGGCCUUGAUCGUCAUCGAUGAGGCUCAUAUAAUCUACAGCUGGGGCUUGGUUGCUAGUGGCGAGGCUAAGAAGUCGUCAGCUCACCUUCGAACACAUGAUGUCUCAAUCUUCCGCCCUUCUUACGGCAACAUGGGAGCACAACUCAUGGCAAACGAGGGCGUGCCAAUCCUGUUUCUAUCAGCAACUUGCCGCCCAGAAGCCCGGAAAGCUAUCUUUGAAUGUCUCAAACUCGACCCGGAUAAUGUCACAAUUAUCCAUGGGGAGCUCACAAGACCCGAAAUCAGAAUACUGAGGUUCCCAAUGGACUGUUCAUUGAAGAAGGCUAGCGAUCUCCUUCAGAUUUUUGGACAAAGAGAAGAUAUUCCUGACAGCGAUCUUCUUCCAACUCUCAUAUACUUGGGUACACGAAAUGCGACUGGCCAAAUUCUAAAGGUUGUGAAUGAAGCCCGAGGAACAGUUGGCGGAGAAAAUAAUCCUCGAAGCAAGCUCAUCCGUCGCUAUCAUGCUGUCACAGGCAACCGUGACAAGAUUGACACUAUCAACGGCUUUGAGGCCGCAGAAUUCCCUUGUAUAUCGUGUACGAUGGCUUUGGGUCUAGGUCAGAAUUGGAGUCGUGUAAGACGGGUCAUUCAUCUGGGGCGUGCCGACCCCUCAAACAUCUGCCAGAUGAUCGGUCGGUGUGGACGCGAUGGAAAACCAGGUUUAGCUGUGCUUUUUAUGGAAAGGAGACGGAAAGGUGGAAAAAAUAAAGCCGAUGAUUUCUUAGCCUCAGAUAAAAAAACGGAUGACUUGAGGAUGGAUGCCUUGGCUGUCACUCCAGUCUGCCUGAGGAUCUGCUUCUCACUUGAUAAUUCACUUGGAUAUAUUCCCAGGUCCCUGGAAGAUCCUAGUGUCUCAGAGGAGCGAUUGCAAGAGGAGUCCGAAGGCUUUCCUCCUUGUAAAUGCUCAAACUGUGAGCCACGAGAAGCAGAGCUGUUACGCAAACACAUGGCCGAGAUGAAUCUAGCAAAUUUUCUUGACAUGUGUGAAAACGCCAAGGACCUUGAAGAUAUUGAGUAUACUAUAAAAAAGAAGAAGAAAGCUCAAGCUCCGAAAAAGAUCAAAAUGGGCCCGAUGCUCAACGCUCUGUCAGACACCCUACUCAAAGACUUUACCCGAUUUUUUGAGACCACAUACCCUGAAUCAUCCUCUUUUGUAUCAGAAGAUAUGUUUGAUAGAGAAGAAUCCGACUCAAUUGCACAAAAUCUAGCGGACAUACACGACUCAGGCUCUAUUGCGAAAUACAUUGGAGGCGAAAAAACAGCUGGUCAAUUGGAGAUUCUACACGACUCAAUAAUUCAGUUUAAAGAAGGCAGCGUGUAUCAAAAACACAUAUCUGAUGUGUUCAACUACACUCAACACGUUCUUAGCAAAAAGCAACGACUAGAAAGCGAAAUGGAGCAGAAGAAAAUCGAUGCAGAAGCAAGGAAACAACGAGAUGUAGAAGAAAGACAAGUGAUUGCAGCAAGAAAAAAGGAGGCCAGUGAUCGAGAGAAGGACCUGAAAGAGCAAGAAAAAGCAGCUGCAAGGGAGUUGAAAACACAAGAGAAGGAAAGGAAAGCUAGGGAAAAAAAGAGGCGGAUGAGAAAGAAAAAGAACAAAAAAAACAAGAAAAGAAUGUGA